AUGGCCGAAGUCCUCAGCGACCACCCAGACCUGUCUGAGCUGGCUCAGUCACCCUCUCCCGGUCAGAAGCGCAAGCGUGACAUGUCGGAGUCUACGAGUCCUGGCCGUGCCAAGCGCACCAGCGCCGGACCUGAUGCAGACACCACUGCCUUCAUUGAGAAUGCCAUCGAGGCUGCCAACGCCGCCGCCGCUAAUGGCGUCAAUGUCGCCGACUUCAGCGCCCUCCAGCAAGCUGCUGCCGCCGAGCACUCCGAGGCCGCCGACCCGGCCAAUGCGUCCAGCACCGCGGCUGCCGCUCUUGGAAUGUAUCCCACUCUCCACGUUCCGCCCACUACGGAAGAACAAUUCGCUGCUCAGGCCGCCAAUGAGCCUCACCAGGAUCACUUCCCUUCCCCGGAUGGACUCAUGUCAUCACUGCCGAACGUUCCUCAGCCUACCAAUGGAGUGCAGGGUGUGCCUCAACCACCUCAUCAGACACAUCAGCCUCCUCCACCCCAGCCGCCUCAACACCGCUACUCCACCGGAUCUGCCAGUACACCAGCCAAGAAACCCGAUGUUGGCUCGGAGGAGUGGCACAAGAUGCGCAAGGACAACCACAAAGAGGUGGAGCGCCGUCGACGCGAGACGAUCAAUGAGGGCAUCAACGAGCUCGCCAAGAUCGUGCCUAACUGCGAGAAGAACAAGGGAUCUAUCCUCCAGCGCGCCGUUACGUUCAUCAACCAGCUCAAGGAGAACGAGAACCAGAACAUCGAGAAGUGGACUCUGGAGAAGCUGUUGACGGAGCAAGCUAUAGCAGAGCUCAGUGCGUCCAACGACAAGCUCAAGCAAGAGUGUGAACGUCUCUAUAAGGAACUAGAGACGUGGAAACGCGUUGCUCAGAAUGCUGGUCUUUCGUACCCUCAGGCGAAUAAGGAUGAGCCAGCUGCCGCCACUUAG